GGGAUGUCGGUGGUUAAGGACACUCACUACUCUGCCAGAGGAUCCAUGUUUGAUCCACACAGACGAUAGCUCACAACCGUCUAUCGCAUCAGUGCCGGGGAUCCCAUGCUCUCUUCUAACACUCAUACGUGUGAAGUUAAAUAGAUUUUAAUAUAAACAUAUGCUGCUAAAUCAUUUUUAGUGUGGUCAAUAUGAUCUGAUUAAACGUUCUAGAAUUUUCCGGACUUGUACAAUACUUCUAUACUUAUCAUGCAUGUGGGUUGUACUAUACUCAAAUAUUUUUUCAUGUUUAGCAAUAGUCUUAAAUACUGUUUGCCCUUGAUAUACAGGGUGAUGGGUCCCAGACUCCCUGUAACUAUAAAACUCUGUUCAAUUCCAUUCACGGAAAAAACGGGCAUAACAUGCCCAUAGAACUUUUACGCAGCCUCCCAUGUAUUUUGAACCAUUUGUAGUGCAAACAGACGGUAAAUAGCUGUUAUGUUGUUUAGGAAAUAAUUGCGAGACAAGAAAGUCCGCCGGUUGUGGUGGUGCACACCGGUAGGAUUUGCUGAAGGAGGCAGAGGCAGGAGGAUCACGAGUUCGAGGCCAGUCUGGGCUACACAUUUUUAGGGGUUGGGGAUUUAGCUCAGUGGUAGAGCGCUUGCCUAGCAAGCGCAAGGCCCUGGGUUCGGUCCCCAGCUCCGGAAAAAAAAAAAUUAAAAAAAAAAAAAAGAAUGGGAGGGCGGCAAUGUGGGGAGGAUGGAGAGGGGAACACCCAUAAAGGAGAGGAGGGGGAGGGAUUAGGGGGAUGUUUGCCCGGAAACCGGGAAAGGGAAUAACACUCGAAAUGUAAAUAAGAAAUACUCAAGUUAAUAAAAAAAAAAAAAGUCCAUGCACCAUCAGUGCAGGUGCAUUUUUUUUCUUUUCAGAUAUUUUCAAUCUGAAACCGGCUGAAUUCAGGGAUGGGAAUGUCUGAACACAAAGAAUUGAUUGUAUUAGCAUUAUAUAAGCCUCCUAGAACAUAAAUUUGUAUAAUUGUGUCUCACUGGGACAGUCCUAUUAACAAGUACAUAGACAUUUUCUAUUUGGCUUAAAAUGCUUUGAUAAAUAUCUUUGCUCACUUAUCCAGUUCUGAAAUGAGGAUUUGUUCCUAGAAGCUGUUGGUCCCGGAGCUGUGGUUAAUUUCAAUUUUGGUAUUAUCAAAUCAAAUUAUUUAAGCUAGAAUUUUUUUUAUCAUUGUAAAUAGAUAAUCACUUCCUCAAAGGGUUAAGGGGUGGGGGCUUCCAGUCUAGUAUACAGAAAGAAGGCUCUCAAUGGCUUUCCUUUUCCUGAAAUGGGAACGACAACAGCCUGGACUGCCCAGAUGGCUCAGCUGAUAUGGACACAGGCAGCCACAGUCUCAGUCUGAGCCCCAGGACCUAUGUGGUGGAGGAAGAGAAUAAACUCUUACUAGUUGUCCUCUGACCUCAACGCAUGUGCUGUAUGCAUGUUCACACUCACAACUUGUGUGUGCGUGUCUUAGAGUUUCUGUUGUGGGGAUAAAACACCAUGAUAAGCAACUUGGUGAGGAAGGAGUUUAUUUUGCUUACACACACGCUCCCAUUAAGGAAGGAAAUCAGGGCAGGAACUUGGGGCAGGAACCCGAAGGCAGGAACUUAUACAGAGGCCACAAAGGAACACUUGCUUACUGAUUAACCUGCAUUCUUACAGCAACAAGGGCCACCAGCACAGAUGGGGGCUGGGAAACAGAGCUGGGCCUUCACACACCUUUCUUUAAUCAAGAAAAUACACAACAGGCAUGUCUGAAGGUCAAUCUGGUGGGGGCAUAUUUUCCCAAACGAGGUUCCCUACGUCCAAUAUGACUCUAGUCUUUGUCAAGUAGACAUGAAACUAGCCAAGCAGUAACACACACACAUAUUUCCAAGCCUGACUAUAGCAUUGAUCAUGAGCUCAACACACACAAAUAUUCACAGAAAACUCUGUAUUACCACUUAAACACUAUUGUUGGCUGUAACUUGCAAAAUUCUCUGGGCAGUAAAAAAAAAAAAGUCUGUGCUGGGGAGCAAACACAAGGGCUCAUACAUAUGUGUCAUUCAUUCUCCCAUCCCAGUACCAGAAGCCACAGUAAAUUUAAAUACCAACUUCGUGGGAUAGUAGAGUCGAUUUUAUUCGUCUAAGAAGAUAACAUCCUUAUUAUAAACACAUGUACUAAACUAUGGCACCGAUUAAGUUAAACCAAAGUUUCAUCUUUGGCGAAAGUUUCACUGAUCAAUUUAAAUCAUUCGUUUAUUAGUAAAACCCACGCAGAUCCAUCUGUGGACAAACUACUCUCAAUUAAAGAUGUUAUAAUUCGGACUUCUCUCUUCUUAAAGGAAACCUGUUGCGCCCCCCAAACCUCUUGAGGCAUUUUUAAACAACCCAAAGGGCAGACGUGGGUCGUCUCAGAUGGAGUCCCCAAGCGUUCAGGCCCAGAAGCCCAGGCCAGAUCACAGCCUCGGGGAAACUCCAUACAGGAGGCAGGAUCUCCCAGCCUGGGAGCAGGAAGCCAUUGCUCCGCCCGGGCUGGCCUGUCUGUGUGCCGCUGCUCGCAGUAGUCACCCCCAAGCACCCGGACCCCUCAGUAGCCCAGCCGUGGGCCCGGGAUCCCAGUCGGGUGGCUCCCGUCAGCACCUGGGGAUCGCUGUGCUCCUCAGGCUCGCAGCGAGCUGGGCUUGAGGCGCAGCCCCCCUCAGCGCCGCGCCCCGCAAACGGCUCGCAGUCAAAGACCAGGCCGCGACCCCGGCGCCCGUGCGACCCCGGCGCUCGUCCGACCCCGCAGCCGCCGCUCCAGCCAGGGAGCCGCACUCGGUGCCGCUGGCGGCGGGGUCGGGGCGGAGGCCAGGGCGGGCGAGGAGGCCGGGCUGCGGCCGAGGCCCCAGGCGCGCUUCCGCCGCGCACGCCGCGGUCCAUGGGAGGCUUGGCCGGCGGGGGCGGGGGCCGCGCAGCCGGGGACUUUCAGGAACUGCAGGCGCGGGCGGCGGCGGGAGUCGCCGAGCCAAAGGGGCCGGAGCGCCGAGAGCAGGGCUGAGGCGGAGCCGCCGCGCCCGGCCGGAGCCGCCGAACCGCAGCCGGAGCCGUCCUGCCCGCCCGCCUAGGGCCGAAGCUCCGCAGCGCGGGAGACCAGCCGGCCCGCAGGGGCCGGGGAACCGCCCGCCAUGGCCACCAAGGCUCAUGCAGCAGGCGGUGGACGAAUCAGGGAGUGAUGUCUUGAGGCUCGCUGGGAAGGCAGACUUUUCAUCAUCAUAUAAGAUGCUGCAGUCCGGCUCCACUGCUUCCCAGGAGGCUCGGGUCAUGUAUGACUUUGCUGCUGAACCUGGAAACAAUGAACUGACAGUCAAUGAAGGGGAGAUCAUCACAAUCACAAACCCGAACGUUGGUGGAGGAUGGCUGGAAGGAAAAAACAGCAAGGGAGAGCAGGGGCUCGUUCCUACGGACUACGUGGAAAUUUUACCCAACGAUGGAAAAGACCCGUUUUCUUGUGGAAAUUCGGUGGCCGACCAAGCUUUCCUUGAUUCGCUGUCAGCCAGCACGGCUCAAGCCAACUCAUCUUCUGCCAACAGCAAUAACCAGGUGGACAUUUGGGCUCAGGUUGGUUGUGUUGAAAGUCUCAGCCAGUCACCCCCUUCUUCUUCUUCUUCUUCUCCUUCUUCUUCCAUAAAUAAGGUUGGUGGUGGCAGUGACCCCUGGUCAGCCUGGAAUGCUCCCAGAUCUGGGAACUGGGACAGCUCUGAUGCCUGGGGCACCAGGACAGAUGGGGCUGGCGCUCAGAGGAACAGCAGUGCCAACAACUGGGACACCGGCUUCGGCCAUCCGCAGGCCUACCAAGGACCAGCGACUGGUGAUGAUGAUGAAUGGGAUGAAGAUUGGGACGACCCCAAGUCCUCCUCACCUUACUUUAAGGAUUCAGAACCAGCUGAAGCAGGGGGCAUCCAGCGGGGAAACAGCCGUGCGGGUGCCUCUUCCAUGAAGCUGCCCCUUAACAAAUUCCCUGGAUUUGCAAAACCUGGCAUGGAGCAGUACCUGUUGGCCAAGCAGCUAGCAAAACCCAAAGAGAAAAUCCCCAUCAUUGUUGGAGAUUAUGGCCCUAUGUGGGUUUAUCCUACCUCUACGUUUGACUGUGUGGUAGCUGAUCCCCGGAAAGGUUCCAAAAUGUACGGUCUGAAAAGCUACAUUGAGUAUCAGCUAACACCCACUAACACUAAUCGAUCUGUAAACCACAGAUAUAAGCACUUUGACUGGUUAUAUGAACGUCUCCUGGUUAAGUUUGGGUCCGCCAUCCCGAUCCCUUCUCUUCCAGACAAGCAGGUCACAGGUCGCUUUGAAGAGGAGUUCAUCAAGAUGCGCAUGGAGCGGCUCCAGGCCUGGAUGACCAGGAUGUGCCGGCACCCCGUGGUGUCAGAAAGUGAAGUUUUCCAGCAGUUCCUGAAUUUCCGAGAUGAGAAGGAAUGGAAGACUGGCAAGAGGAAGGCUGAGAAAGAUGAGCUGGUGGGAGUUAUGAUAUUUUCCACCAUGGAACCAGAGGCUCCUGACUUGGAUUUGAUAGAAAUAGAACAGAAGUGUGACGCGGUGGGGAAGUUCACCAAGGCCAUGGACGACGGCGUGAAGGAGCUGCUGACCGUGGGGCAGGAGCACUGGAAGCGCUGCACAGGGCCCUUACCCAAGGAGUAUCAGAAGAUCGGGAAGGCCCUGCAGAGCCUAGCGGCCGUCUUCAGCUCCAGCGGUUAUCAAGGAGAGACGGACCUUAACAAUGCAAUCACAGAAGCCGGGAAGACAUACGAGGAGAUUGCCAGCCUUGUGGCAGAGCAGCCAAAGAAGGACCUCCACUUCCUGAUGGAGUGCAACCACGAGUACAAAGGCUUUCUUGGCUGCUUCCCGGACAUCAUUGGUGCCCACAAGGGAGCAAUAGAAAAAGUGAAAGAAAGUGACAAGCUGGUUGCAACUAGUAAAAUCACCCCCCAGGACAAGCAGACGAUGGUGAAGCGGGUUGGCACCAUGUCGUAUGCUUUGCAAGCUGAGAUGAAUCACUUCCACAGUAACCGGAUCUACGAUUACAACAGCGUCAUCCGCCUCUACCUGGAGCAGCAAGUGCAAUUCUAUGAAACAAUCGCAGAAAAGCUGAGGCAGGCCCUCGGCCGCUUCCCAGUUAUGUAGACCAGAACGGACACAAGAGAACUCCGAAGUGCUUCUUUUUGACCUGGGACAAUGCAAUUCAGUUUUCUCCCCACCCCAUCAUAAGAGAGAGAGAGAGAGAAGGAAGAAAACCAAAAAGACAGAAGUUGAUAAAACUCGUUUUCGUCAUUAGCCAGCCUAAAGGCGUUGUUGCUUAGGAUGGCCUUCCUUGUUCAUUUCGACAUAUUAGUUACCCAAUGGAAAUGUCUAUUUUUGAAAAAUACUUAAAUUUAUCAAGAUUUUUGAAUGAAGAAAUAGGGGUUCCUCCUCCUGGUAUUUUACACAGAAUCGUAAUUUAUAUGUUACCUAUGAUCUUCCAGUUCUUACCCAAUGUCAGAUAAUUAAUACUAAUUGCUUUCUUAAAAAUAUGAAAAAUGACAGAAUAAAAAAUGUAUCUUUGUAUAUUUUUAUAACUCUUUCAGUCCUUUGGGGACCCUUGUCUGUUUAGGGGAGUCUGCACACCCUCACUGGCAUAGCUACAGUUAAGUGCUCCCGGCAUGGGGAAGAAAAGAGGGUUCCAGAUCACCUACACCUUCACAGUUUGUGGUGGGUAGCCCAGCAGAAGUCCUGUUAGGUGGGCACAGCAGGUGAGAAGAGCCCACCUACCCACUGCUGCCCACAGGUUGAUUCCCUGUGCUGCUGUUAGGUAAAUUCAGCACUCUGCACGCCCACUUAGCUCACAGUAAGGCGUGUUUUACACUAGAAGAGUAAGUCAGAAAAGGAGAUUUGUCCCACUAUCCCAGGUGGGUGGCCACCCUGCUUCCAGGACCUCCCACCUGUCACCUUCAGUCCCUCAGCUGUCCAUGAGAUGGGGGGAGGGAGGUUGCUGAUAGGAGAGGCGCUUGUGGUCCCCGGUUUGGAGCAGCAGGCUGGUCAGUAUUCUCUCAAAAGAUGAAAGCCAAGUUCAGCACCUGUUCCUCUCCGUUUCCCAGAGAAUGGGAAAGUUAAGGGCUGGCAUGAGCGGGGACGUGCUGCAGCAGCAAGCUGGUGACAAGCAGAGACUGGCUCUGUCUGUGGCUGUGUCCCCGCCUUCAGAGACUCCUGACCCUGGCUCAAGGCCUGAGAGCACAGAGCACACGCUGUCCCUCCCUGCAGACAGUGGUCCCCUUCCACAGUUGCCUUAUGAUGUGAUCCUCUGCUGUCACUUCCUGACCUGAUGAUGAUAUUACAAAGAUGGGACGUCCGGGCCAACAAACGUGAAUGAAACCAAAAAUAAGUAGCUGAGGAGAUCCAGUGAGCGUGAGCACGAGAACUUCCUGUUCCCUAAUAUCAGGGGUUUGUUAAUGUUUUCUAAGUCAUUUCUCCCUACUUGAUUUUUCUUUUAUAAAAUUCCACAGAACCGUGUUUAUGAUACAGCCGUUUAAUAUAUGUACAAAUUGUAAAGAACAUGUAUAAAUAUUUUACAUAAAUGUAAGAGCAUGUAGAAGCCAAUAUAUAAAUAAAUUGUUUUUAAAAACUGUA